GCUGAGAAGAGACCGGGGUGCAAGGCCUCGAAGUCUAACGAUCCACUUCUUCUUCUUCCCCUCACCAUCGUUCCAUCUCAUCACACAGCGACGCACACACACAUACACACACUACACCAUGGCACCGAAUCAAGCCUCCCGCUCCCUCGCGCUGGGCGAAACUCCCCGUCCUCAAGGGGCCACCCCCAACGGACGCGUAGUGGUGACAGGCGGCUCAGGCAAGCUAGGCCGUGCAACCGUCUCGCACCUGGCGUCCAAUGGGUGGGAGGUCAUCAAUUUCGACACACGUCGCCCACCUGGCGCGGCCGAAGACGGCAAGACGGGCAUCGGGGGUGCCUACCGACUAGUGGAGGUCGAUCUCACGGAUAUGGGAAGCGUCCUCGAAGCGCUCAUGGAGUGCGAUAUGGCCUACAGCGGAAUCGACGCCAUUGUCCACUUGGCCGCCAUCCCCAGCCCAGGGCAGACUAGCAGCUCUCGCCAGUUCCAGACGAAUUUCAUGGCUACUUAUAACAUUCUCGAGGCGGCACGCAAGCUCAAGAUUACCAACCUCGUGCUUGCGAGCAGCGAGACACUCAUUGGGAUCCCACUGAGCACUCCUCCCCCUUCACUGCCCAUCACCGAAGAGACGCCUAGGGAGCCACAGAGUGCCUACUCCCUCUCCAAGCUCAUGGGAGAGCAUCUAGCGGAUCAGUAUAGUCGAUGGUGCCCAGAGAGCAAGUACUUGUCGCUUCGCUUCUCGAAUGUGAUGCUGCAGGAGGAGUAUGCCAACUUCGAAGCGUGGCAGAAAGACCCAUCGGCGAGAUCAUGGAACUGCUGGGGGUACAUCGAUGCGAGGGAUGGAGCUAAGGCUGUCGAGUUGGCUUUGAAGAGCGACCUCAAGGGCCACGAAGCCUUCCUAGUCGCCAACAACAACACUGUCAUGCGCACCCCGUCUGCCGACUUGGCCAAGCAGGUGUACCCUGGCGUACCUUACGAGCCCAAGACUAAGAACGCGAACGAGACUCUGCUCUGUAUUGAGAAGGCAAGGAAGAUGUUGGGCUUCGAGCCGCAGUACGAUUGGAAGUAGGGCGGGAGAGGCGAGGGCAGAAAAGACAGCGGGAUAAUUGAGGGAGCGGACGGCGUGGCGUGGAAUGCAAGCUUUGUAGCUACCUUGAUGACAG